AUGGCCUAUAUACCGAAUUUCGAUGAGAAUGAUGUCGUGAUUACUUUGGGAAUUUUCGGAGUUCAACAUGACGGCGUCACAGAUUUCAAGAAAAGUGUUAUCAACUCUUUAUGGGGGCUCUUACAUAAGUCUGCAGAUAGGGUUGAGUACCUUCAAAAUGAGCAACAAGGCCAGGUGGAUCGCAUGGGGCGCAAUUGUACGACGACAUUUCUGGCUUACUGGGGGGACUGCCGGGAAUAUCAGAUAUGGAAUGAAUCCAAGGAGUUUCAGAAUCUUUGGAACAGUUUACCGGAUGAUGCAGGCGUCUGGCGGGAAGUUUUGACAGUGCCCAAGUCUCGCUUCACUGGUUCUAUGAGCGUAGACACGCCAUGGGGCCUAAACGCUGUUGUCGGCACAAAACCCACUCUGGACAUCGGCUACUGGGGAGUCUUCAGGAAAAGAAUGUCCGAGGUAACGGACAAGCACACCGUUCUUGGGGAUACUUUUACUUCGAAAUAUGUUACGCAACACGCAAAAUCGAGAGCAGGCGAGGGCAAGAAGAUCGUUGACCUGGAAAUUCCUCCAAGCAGUGCAAUUCGACUAGGGCGACUAAAGGUGUCCAGAGUGCCUGACAACUUGUUCUUUCUCCAUGAGGGCCAGAGAAAAUUGAAGCGUGCUGACGGUGUGAUUGGCUCCUGGAUGGACCGCGUGCAGCCUCUAUUUGAAUCAUUCAAGCAACACCUCAUCAAGGAAAGGAACAAAAAUGGUGUUGUGGCAUAUGAAGCCUACAUCGCCAGAAAAAACUCAAGUUCUGCCCUUGACAAAAGUCGCUUGACAAAUCAGGUCAUCGGUAUAGAUCCGACUGUGAAUAUUGAAGAGCUGGAAGCUGACCGUAUAAUUGAAACGAAUCAGCUCAUCUACUGGCUCGACAUGGCUCAUUUUGAGCUAUCUGGGCGCGCUUUCCACAACCACGUCAAGUUGAGAAAAGAGACAACGGGAUUAAUUGCUCCUGGUGGAGAGGGAUAUAACGACAAAAAUGCGUCUCUCUAUGUUGAGAUGUGUGUACUGAAAUCUUCCGAUGUAGAAGCAGAGUAUAUUGGGUGCAAAGAAGGCACUGGGUUGAUGAUGUUUGCGGAUAUGCAAUUUUGA